AUGCCGUCUGCUCGAGAUAGACUGGCUGAGCUCAGGGCUCUUCGUGCCUCCGGAAAAAAACGUCUUUCCACUUAUGAAGUCGAGGAACAGGGCGAUAUCUACGAAGAGGUCGAUGACGACGGCUACAAAAAGAUCAUUCGCAGCCGACUAGACGAGGACGACUUUGUCGUCGACGACAAUGGUGCCGGAUAUGCAGACGACGGUCGGGAGGUCUGGAAUGAAGGCCAAGCUGAAUACGACAGUGACGACAGCGAUGAAUUGCCGGCAAGAGGCAAAGCGGCUAAGCGAAAGCGUGAAGAGGAGAAACAACGCAAAGAGAAAAUGAAUAAUGGCAUUUCAAAAUACUUUAACAGCGGGACUGCGGCGGCUGCGGCUCCCAAGCCUAAGCAAGCUGCGACUGCUGAAGAUGAUGCCUUCAUGGCAGACCUUCUCGGAGAGGUAUCCAGCAACGUUGUCUCCAACCCUGCUCCAACGCGAAACAUUGUUAAGUCUGAUGCCCGCCGAAAAGUUCGCGUUCUCUCACCACCACUGGUCGAGAAGCGACGCCGCCCGAAAUUCGAACCGAAAGACGAAAAUGAAGUUCCCAGCUCCCCACCGAAGGGCCAGCCAUCACUUCACUCCGAUGACCUUGAUGACGCUCCGCUACCUAUAAUGGACGACGAUGAUAUCUCCAUGGGCGAUCCAAUGCCCUCUUCUCCAAUUAGCAAGGCUGUAGAGAGAAAGAUCACAGUGCCUAUCAAGAAGGAGGACUCAGAUGAGGAGGAUAUUGAUAUGAUGGAUGUUGCAGAAGCCACUGUAUCCUCAAACAUCAAGACAGAAAACAUCAACAUGACUGGAAGUCGUCCGCCGCCUAAGCUCAAGAAGGAAGUCUUAACAACACCCGCGAGCUCGUCACCAGUCAAGGCUGCACCAGAGGUCGUCGAUGCCUCUUGGAACGAUGUACGAAACAAGUUGAAUGUUCUUAGUAGCCCUGCACCGGAAAUGCGUUCUUUCGGAAAGCUCCGGCCCCAAGAUGUCGUGGAAGAGGAUGGCAGUCUGCGCUUCUUUUGGCUUGAUUUCACAGAAGUCAAUGGCAGCCUUUGUUUAUUCGGAAAAGUUAAGAACAAGCAAACCGACUCAUACGCCAGUGCCUUCGUGAAAGUCGAUAACAUUCUCCGAAAACUUUACUUCCUCCCCCGUGAACACCGCUACAAACAUAUGAAAGAGACAGACGAGGAGGUCGGCAUGGAGCAUGUCUACGAAGAAGUCGAUCAGAUGAUGACUCGUCUUAAGGUUGGCAUGCAUAAGAUCAAACCUUGCACCCGAAAAUAUGCGUUUGAGCUUCGCGGUGUGCCCAAGGAGGCGGAAUACCUGAAGUUACUAUAUCCUUAUGAUAAACCACAACUGCAGAUGGAUACAAAGGGUGAGACCUUCUCUCAUGUAUUCGGCACAAACACUUCUCUUUUCGAGCAAUUCGUUCUGUGGAAGAACAUUAUGGGACCAUGCUGGCUCAGGGUUGACGAGGCCGACUUUUCUGCUGUCAACAAUGCUUCUUGGUGCAAGUUCGAGUGCCAAGCAUCCAAACCUCAAUCGAUAACUCCUGUUCCUGACACGGAAAAUCUGGAGAUGCCACCAAUGACUCUGAUUUCUCUUUCUUUCCGAACCCAACUUAAUGUGAAGGAGAAUAAGCAGGAAAUUUUGGUCGCAAGUGCACGAGUGUACGAGAAUGUUUCCCUCUCAGAUACCACACCACCGGAGAAACUCCCGUGUAAAACAUUCACUGUGAUGCGUCCAUCUGGUUCGUCAUAUCCACUGCAUUUUGAAGCCGAGUGCCGAAAGCAGCGGGGUACUGUCAUGCUUGAGAAGAGUGAGCAAUUUCUGCUCAGCAAAUUCUUGGCCCUCUUCGAGAAAAUGGACCCAGAUGUGAUCAUGGGCCAUCAGUUACAAGAUGUCGACCUAGGAAUUCUUCUCAAUCGGUUACGAGAAAAGAAAACUCCUGGAUGGCAUCGUCUUGGUCGACUCAAGCGUGGCGAUUGGCCUAAGAACUACAGUAAGAACAGUGGUUUCUUUGCUGAGAGACAGCUGAUUGCUGGGCGACUGAUGUGUGAUCUGGCCAACGAUAUGGGCAAAUCUUUGAUGAUGAAAUGUCAAUCUUGGAGUUUGACAGAAAUGUGUCAACUUUAUCUCGGCGAGGGCAACGGCCGUCAAGACGUGGAUGUUGAAGGAGCUUUGAAGUCUUGGGCUUCGACCAAGGAUGGCCUGAUGAACUUUGUAAACCACUGCGAUACUGACACGUAUUUCAUUGCUGCUUUGGCAUUGCGAUUGCAGAUGCUGCCACUCACAAAGGUCCUGACCAACAUUGCCGGUAACUCGUGGGCACGUACUCUCAGUGGUACUCGUGCUGAGCGAAACGAGUACAUUUUGCUGCACGAGUUCCAUCGCAAUAAGUAUAUUUGCCCAGACAAGUACUCUUCUCGCAUGCAAAAGGCUGAAGAGAAGAUGGACGCCGAUGACGAUGAAGCCGGUGACAAGAAAAAGAAGGAUAAAUACAAGGGUGGUCUCGUUUUCGAGCCUGAGAAAGGACUCUACGACCGAUUCAUCUUGGUCAUGGAUUUCAACAGUUUGUACCCUUCGAUUAUUCAAGAGUACAACAUCUGUUUCACUACAGUUGAUCGUACAAGUUCGGCGGAGAACGAAAAUGAAGAGAAGGUUCCUGAAAUCCCCUCUUCGGAGGAAUCUCAGGGUAUUCUUCCUAAGCUUAUUGCGACUUUGGUCGGUCGUCGUCGUCAAGUGAAGAGUUUGAUGAAAGACAAACAUGCCACGCCUGAACAGCUCGCUUUGUGGGAUACAAAGCAACUUGCCUUCAAGCUGACUGCCAACUCUAUGUACGGUUGUUUGGGUUACACACAAAGUCGAUUCUAUGCCCGUCCUCUGGCCAUGCUCACCACAUUCAAGGGUCGUGAGAUUUUACGAAGCACCAAAGAGUUGGCGGAGAGCAGGCAGCUGCGUGUCAUUUAUGGUGAUACUGACUCCGUCAUGAUCAACACGAAUAUGGACACCAUGAGCGAAGCGCUUAAGGUUGGAGAGGAGUUCAAGAGAUCGGUCAAUGAGCGGUAUAGGCUUUUGGAAAUUGACAUUGAUAAUGUCUUCCGUCGACUACUGUUACAUGCCAAAAAGAAGUAUGCAGCUGUCAACAUGACAGAAGUAGAUGGCAAGUACGUUGAAAAGCUUGAGGUCAAGGGCUUGGACAUGAAGCGACGUGAAUACUGUGCUCUCUCAAAGGAGGUGUCGUCAAGACUGCUGAACGAGAUUCUCUCUGGGGAGGAUCAAGAAGUCGUCCUUAACAACGUACAUGACUACCUGCGAGAGCUUGCAGAGAAGAUGAAAGAGUAUCAGAUUCCUAAUCAGAAAUAUGUCAUUUACACGAAACUCUCAAAGCGACCAGAAGAAUAUCCCAACAAGGAGACAAUGCCUCCAGCGCAGGUUGCUCUUAGGGAGAUCGCCCGAGGCAGGAAUAUUCGACCCAACGAUGUCAUCUCCUACAUUGUGACAACCGGUGACGCUGAUACGUCCUCUCUUCCACCCGCCAAGCGAUCUUAUACCCCACAAGAUGUGCUUAAGCCAACAUCAGAGCUCAAACCUGAUAUUGAGUUCUAUAUUCUCAAGCAAAUUUUCCCUCCCAUUGAGCGUCUGUGUGCCCCAAUUCCUGGCACCGACGCCGUUCGUUUGGCAGAAUGCUUGGGACUCGAUACUCGCAAGUACCAGAUCAACACCUCCAGCGCUAGCAACCAACAAAAUGCGGAAAUCUUCCCGCUGGAAUCGCAGAUCCCCGACGCAGUCCGCUUUGCCAAUUCAGCACGAUUGAGUCUGACAUGCCGAUUCUGUAAAGAGCAGUCAGUUUUUGAAGGCUUGGCAGGCUCGCCAGAGAUGUGCACAGCGAACGGUAUUGUCUGCCCUAACGAGAGCUGUCAGAAAUCAUUCUCAGUCAUUACUUUGGUCGCCCAGUUGGAGAGCCAGAUUCGCGAACAGACGAACCGAUACUACGAGGGCUGGCUGGUUUGUGAUGAUUCUGCCUGUGGUAACCGAACUCGCCAAAUAAGUGUUUAUGGACAUCGCUGUCUGGGAUCCCGAGGUCGUGCUGAAGGCUGCUCGGGUCGUAUGUCGUACGAGUAUAAUGAGAAACAGAUGUACAACCAGUUGCUGUACUUUGCGGGUCUAUGGGAUGUGGAUAAGGCCAAGGCUGCUUCUAGCAAGGAGGCUGGCGAGAAAAAAGACAGUAUCUCCGCCAUGGCCGAAUUCAACCGUGGUCGCUUCGACACGAUCCGGACUGUGGCGGAUGCCUACUUGAAGAAGUGUGGUCGACAAUGGGUUGAGAUGGAUACUUUGUUCCAGUUCAUGAUACAAUGA